GUCACGCCUUCUUUCUGGCUGCCAAUUCUGGGUUGUGUUGUUGUUGAGGAAACCGGUUUCAAGAGAAGCAGCAAAACUUCUCGGAUUUAAGGAGUUCUUUGGCAACAUUUGUUUAAAUUAAUCUACAGGUUUAAAUCAUGGAUGUGACGGCUCUUCGCAACAAGCUCUCUCAACUCGGCCAAGAUCAUCUCCUGGAAUUCUGGGACGACCCCGACCUGACGGAUGACCUGAGGAGGUCACUCUAUGAUGACAUCACUGGCACCAACGUCGAGGAGGUUCUGAAGUUCUUUGAGACGUCGACAGCAAACAUGAAUAACAGCGAAAAGGUUGAUGAGAGGAUGGAGCCGAUCCCGUCGGAACUCUUCGGCUCCGUAACAAGGUCUGGAAAGAACUUGGAUAGAUGGUACAAAGAUGGUUUAAAACAGAUUUCCCAAGGCAAGGUCGGUGUUCUCCUCCUAGCCGGGGGUCAAGGUACGCGCUUAGGGGUGAAGUAUCCCAAGGGAAUGUACAACGUUGGCCUGCCUUCAGAGAAGACUCUUUAUCAGCUACAGGCCGAACGGAUCCUAAAAGCUCAGGAACUUGCCCUGGAGUUAACAGGGGAGAAGGGGGUUAUACCAUGGUACAUCAUGACGAGCGAGCACACGAAGGAACCAACAAGAGAGUUCUUCAAGCAACAUAACCACUUUGGUAUCGGGGAAGAUGAUCUGGUUCUCUUUGAGCAGGAAAUGCUUCCGUGUGUGUCCUUUGAGGGAAAGAUCAUCCUUGAUCAGAAACACAAGAUAUCCAGAGCACCAGAUGGGAAUGGAGGUCUUUACCGUGCCUUAGGGAACUGUAAGAUCUUAGAUGACAUGGAGAGACGAGGUGUCACCUACGUUCAUGUCUACUGCGUUGAUAACAUCCUUGUCAAAAUGGCCGAUCCUACCUUCAUUGGAUUCUGUAUUGACAAAGGGGCCAACUGUGGAGCCAAGGUCGUUGAGAAGGCCUACCCAACCGAACCUGUCGGGGUUGUCUGUAGGGUCGAUGGGCAGUACCAGGUCGUUGAGUACAGUGAGAUCACGCUGCCAACGGCUGAGAAGAGAAGUGAAGAUGGUCGGCUGACGUUCAGCGCCGGUAACAUCUGCAAUCAUUUCUUCACCAUCGAAUUCCUCAAGUCUGUAGUGAAUGAGAAUGAAUCAAGACUACGACAUCAUGUGGCCAAGAAGAAGAUUCCAUUCAUCGAUGGGGAAGGCAAGCGCAUCGCACCGGAGAAACCAAACGGGAUUAAGAUGGAGAAGUUUGUUUUCGACGUCUUCAGAUUUUCAAAUAAUUUUGCAGUUUUUGAGGUCUUGAGGGAGGAUGAGUUCUCUCCCCUGAAGAACAGCACAAAGUCAGAAAAGGACAACCCCACCACGGCUAGACAUGCCCUCCUAUCCUUACACCAUAGAUGGGUGUUAAACGCCGGCGGUAACUUCAUCGACUCUGACGGGACACCCAUCCCGGCUAUUCCAAGGUAUUCCCGUGUAAUUGAGGACCAUUUGAAUGCUAAGUGUUUUAACACUGCAAUUCGACGCACCAAGCAAACACAUAGAAUAGUACCUUAUGAAAAACACACCAUCCCCACACAUAGGGAGAGCAGUCGACGAGCUCACGAUCCUGACUGCUACCCAGUGACGUGUGAAGUGUCGCCUUUAUUAUCUUACGCAGGAGAGGGACUUGAUAAGAUUUGCAAUGGGAAGAAGUUCUGUCCUCCAAUCCUCCUCAACCAGGCCAAUGUUAUAGCAGAGAAGCAAGAUACGAUCAACACCCAAUAGACUGGUGAACAGACACAAUUCAGGUUCAAUUUUAAAGCAUUGCUAUCAUCAGCUUUCAUGGGAGAUUUGGGUAACAUUCGCAACUCUAGGGUCGGCAAAUAGAAAUCCUCUUCCAUGAAAUUUGGGGCCCGUAGCACAAAACUCAGCAAUGAUCGUAGUACAUUUUUCUACGACUGAUUCCAUAGACUACAAUGUACAAUCAAUUGUAAAGAUCAAGUGUAGGAUCAAUUGCUAAUCUUUGUGUUACUGGACCCUGAUGGUAAAAUAAUGUCUUAAGUUCAAUCAGGGUACUUACUAUAUUCAUUCUCUAUUCAGUUCCUCAAUUCCAAGCGCACGAACCAAGAAUUUGUUGAAAAUGACAUGCUUAAUCGUUCAAAACAUCGUCAAAUAAAAUGGACCAAUUUUAAAAUGCUUUUGUGA